AGUCUUGAUACCAUUUAGUCAAAAAAGAGUCUUGGCAGUUGGUCCUAGAGAAAAUUGGAAAGAAAAGUUCUUAAGAAGCCGGCAACUGCCCCAGUCAAUAGUGGCCAAUAUGACUUAGUCACGUUCCUGUUUUUUUUCCAAUUCUUCAUUCAUUGAUUUCUCUUCAUAAAAACCUCUAUAGUAUCAAUCAAAACUUCACACUUUUGAAAAGUAGAGUUAUGAAACCUAUCAUCAUGCCAAUUCAUCUUCAAUUCUUCAUAUCACUUUUUCUGUUCCUUUCUCUGCCAGUUUUAUCCGAACUUGACCACCUCAUGUAUGCAGGAUUCAAGGAUGUUGGUCCCAACAAUCUAACCUUGAAUGGAAUCGCAGAGAUAGAGAAAAACGGCAUCAUAAAGUUAACAAAUGAAACAAGCAAAUUAAUGGGCCAUGCUUUUUACUCUCAACCUAUCAAACUAAAGAACUCAACAACCGGUAAAGCUUUCUCCUUUUCUUCAUGUUUUGCAAUUGCUAUUGUUCCUGAGUAUCCUAAACUUGGUGGUCACGGCAUGGCUUUCGCAAUAGCACCUACAAAAGAUCUCAAAGCUUUACCUAUUCAGUAUCUUGGUCUUUUCAAUUCAAGCGAUGUUGGCAAUUUCUCUAACCAUCUUUUUGCUGUUGAGUUUGACACUGUUCAAGACUUUGAGUUUGGUGAUAUUAAUGAUAACCAUAUCGGAAUCGACAUCAAUAGUUUGCAGUCAAAUGCAUCUAUUAAUGCAAGCUAUUACACUGAUGAUUCAAGAUUACAAUAUCUUAAUCUUAAAAGUGGGAAACCGAUUCUUGUUUGGGUUGAUUAUGAUUCUUCGCGGAAUCUUAUUAGUGUUACACUUUCUCCAACUUCAACCAAACCGAAAAAACCAACCUUGUCUUUUCAUAUGGAUCUGUCACCUAUUUUUCAUGAUACUAUGUAUCUUGGUUUCUCUGCUUCAACUGGUUUACUUUCUAGCUCUCAUUAUGUUUUGGGUUGGAGUUUCAAAAUCAAUGGACCAGCACCAUUUCUUGAUUUGUCUUCACUACCACAGCUUCCACAGCCAAAGAAGAAACAAACUUCUUUGAUAAUUGGUGUUUCGGUCACUGCUUCUGUAAUUGUAUUGUGUUCGAUAGCUAUUUCUAUUUACCUUUUCAGAAAAAUCAUGAAUGCUGAUGUAAUUGAAGCAUGGGAGCUUGAAAUUGGGCCACAUAGAUACUCCUAUCAAGAGCUUAAGAAAGCUACAAAAGGCUUCAAGGAGAAAGAGUUACUCGGGCAGGGCGGUUUCGGAAGAGUUUACAAAGGGACAUUUCCUAAAUCAAAAGUCCAAGUAGCUGUUAAGAGAGUUUCACAUGAAUCAAAACAAGGUCUGAGAGAAUUUGUGUCGGAAAUAGCAAGCAUAGGCCGGCUUCGCCAUAGAAAUUUGGUUCCGUUACUCGGAUGGUGUCGUCGUAGAGGCGACCUUUUACUUGUAUACGAUUUAAUGGCAAAUGGAAGCUUAGAUAAGUAUUUGUUUGAAGAUUCAGAAAUUGUGCUAAGUUGGGAACAAAGGUUUAAGAUAAUAAAGGGGGUUGCUUCGGGUCUUUUGUUUCUACAUGAAGGGUAUGAUCAAGUGGUAAUACAUAGAGAUGUUAAAGCUAGCAAUGUGCUGUUAGAUUUUGAACUCAACGGAAGAUUAGGUGAUUUUGGAUUGGCAAGGUUAUAUGAACAUGGUGCUAAUCCAGGAACCACAAGAGUGGUAGGAACAUUAGGCUAUUUGGCACCAGAGUUGCCUAGAACAGGAAAGGCUUCUACAAGCUCUGAUGUUUUUGCAUUUGGCGCGCUUCUGCUCGAGGUUGCUUGUGGAAGAAGGCCUAUUGAACCAAAGGCAUUACAAGAAGAGUUAGUGUUGGUGGAUUGGGUGUGGGAAAGGUUGGAAGAAGGAAGAGUACUUGAAGUAGUGGAUCCUAAAAUCAAUGGUGAUUUUGUUGAAAGUGAGGUAAUGAUGGUGCUGAAGUUAGGAUUGAUAUGUUCAAAUAAUGUUCCUACUAUAAGGCCUAACAUGACACAAGUGGUGAGGAUUUUGGAUGGAGAAGUUGAGUUACCAAAUGAAAUGAGAAAGCCAGGAGGUAUUGAACCACAAGAGGGAUUUGAUGAAUUCUUGCAUUCUCUUGGAACUACUUCUUCUUUUGAUAAGACCAAUUCAAGCUCUCAUGUUGUAAAUAAAGACAAGAAUAGUACCUCUUAUGCCAAUUCACCUAAAUAACAUGGUAAUAUAAAAUACCCGUAUAUAAAUUUGUAAUAUUUUAGAAACUUGUACAAUCUAUUUAUAAUGGUAAAUUCUUCCCGCCA